AUGAAAACUGCCAUUAGACUAUUAAAAUACGUUCAAUCAAUAAAAUUUGUGGGUGGACCACAUCCAGCACCAAAACCACAUGCUGCAGGACCUCAUCCAUUGGCUCCAGAAGGAUUAGUACCAAGCGGUUUAAACUCAGCUAAAUCAAGUACAUAUCACAAUAGCAAUCCAGUUGAACCUCAAAAUGGCGAAUUUUUUGCAAGAAGUGAAUUAUCCGCUAGAUUUAGAUAUAGACCUAUAAAGGCAGAGGAGAUCGAACAAGUUGAAAGUGGAGGAGCUGAGUUUGUUUUCUAA